AUGACAUGCCAAAUCCACACCGUCAUGAUUAUCAAUAAAGCCGGAACGUCGAGGUGGAUGAAGAAUUAUACAGAGAAGAUGCAGUAUCGUAAAGAAAACGACCCACUGAUAUUCGCGUCGUCGUUUCACGGCUUUAGUAUUGUCGCAAGUCAAAUCUGCCCAACACUGAAAGAAAGCGAAGGCAUCCAGAAAAUCCAAACAAACAAUUUUGUCCUUCAGUGCCUUCACACAAAGACAGGAGUUAAGUUCAUUGUGAUCGGAUCACUCCAAAGCGCUCCUAUCCUCGGGGACUUCUUAAAGGAAUUAUACAAACUAUACGCAGACUACGUCUUGAAAGACCCUUUCAUCAUCUUGGAGAUGCCAAUACGGUCUAAGAAGUUCGAAGCAAAGGUAAAAGAACUUGUAAACACAUUCAAAGGAAAAACUUUCUAA